GCUACCCGACCCCCGUCAUUAAUCUAGAUCAUCAAAUAGCCCGCCCGGCUCCCAUCUCGCGCCUUGGCCGAACGCACCACCCUCGCCAGCGGAGUUAAAUAGUGGAUCCUUCAAAACCCCCAGUACAUUCCCAGGAUGUGAGCUUUCUCCGCAGAUGAAAAUGCCACGUCGCAGAGUCUCCGACACGAGCUAUGUCUCUCGCCCUACAACGAUGACGAAAAAACUCCGGAUUGCUUGCCCAUUGAAAGGCUGCCUCAAAGAAUUCUCUGGUAGCCGCGAACUUCGAAAGCAUUACGCGAAGGCUCACCUGCCUUCAUGGAAUGAAGAGUUGUUGGCCCAACUAUAUUCUAAACGCCUGUGGUUCCUACGAAACACAGCCACAAGAAUUGUAUGUCAUUAGCUUAGAGAAGAUGAGCUCUAAUUAGCAUACUCUACUUGGUGUUAGAUUAGAAUUAGAUUUGGUCGUCCGAAACGCUGGGUAACUUCUGGCUAUAAGGCCAACAAGCCAAU